AUGCAAAGUGAAAAUUUCAAGAAAGAGACAAAUGUCUUGCGGAAUAUCACUCAAGCGAGUGAUGCCAUUCGCCGCAAACAUAAAAUGAUCAAAUUAGGAAGAGAAAGCACUGAAAAAGCUGUGAGUGAAGUGUUCAAACCCAUAAUAACUCCUCUCGAGAAAUUGGUGGAUCAAACGAAGGAACCUUCACAUAAAACGAAAAGACAGAAGAAGAUAUCUAGUACUCAUAUGCGGACGCGGAAAACAGAGGACGAUGACUAUGGAGAUCCUUCUCAAUAUCACUCUCAAUAUGAUCCUUCUCAAUAUCAAUCUUUUGAUGAACCUCCAUCUGGCUCAGAAACACCACAUACCAGUACUCCUAUGAAGAAAGAAUCCUCAAUAAAGGCUAUGAGUCCUUCUGAUCGUAUCCCAUCAACUAUGUUAGAAUCCCCUAUAGCUCCACAAAAGCUUCUUCAAACGUAUUUGGAUCGGUACAAUACAGAGCGUGAGAAGAGAGAGCUGGAUACAGACUUUGGUGUACGAUUUUUGAAAAAAGAUAUGAAAAUUGGUGAUUCUGAAGUCACUUUCCAGGGAAAUUCAAUGAUUCUCAAGGACCAAGAAUAUACACUAACUCCGGGUCUCAUUGAAUUGAUUUUUAAGAAGUCACCUAACAUGAAUCUUAUAACCGAAACUGAUAAGCAUAUCUAUGGCAAUAUCAUACGAAGUACAAAUGCACAUCGAAUGUACUAUAAACCCACUGGAGCUCUUCGAACAAGCAGUUCCCUGAAAUAUCAGAACAUUAUCGUUAAUCUCAUCGAACCCAAGACUGGAAAAGCUCUUCCUCAUCAUAUGAUUGCAUCAAUAAAACCCCGAAAAAUGGAUUAUGUAUACUGGGAUGAUCCUAAUGAGCUAGUGGACAGACUUCGACUGCUGAUGGCGUCACAAUCAGCUGGAAAUAUGAGUCACACCAAUGAAAUUAUGUCAAUAAUGGAAGAAUUACGAGAGGCGGAGAUUAUUUAUUAG